AUGUCUCUCUACACCCCCUCCUCCAAAGCAGCCAAGAGGCGAGCAGCCAACCUCGGCGCUUCGACCAGCAACCACACAUCCACACCCAACCAUCUCUCAACAUCUUCCUCCUCCAGAAUGGUCAACGCACACCACCACAUCGAUGCAGCGUUGACCGACGAGCAGCGACAAGAGAUCAAAGAGGCCUUCGAGCUGUUCGACACAGACAAGGACGGAGCCAUCGACUACCACGAGCUCAAGGUCGCGAUGCGAGCGCUCGGAUUUGACCUCAAGAAAGCCGAAGUGCUCAAACUGCUUCGUGAUCACGACAAGACCAACUCCGGUCUUUUGGAAUGGGACGACUUUAACAAGAUCAUGUCGGAAAAGAUCGCAUCUCGAGAUCCGAUGGAAGAGAUCCGCAAGGCAUUCGCGCUGUUCGACGACGAUGGAACCGGCAAAAUCUCAUUGAGGAACCUUAAGCGCGUUGCAAAGGAGCUGGGCGAAACGCUCGACGACGACGAGUUGCAGGCCAUGAUCGAUGAGUUCGAUCUGGAUCAGGAUGGCGAGAUCAGCCAGAACGAGUUCAUUUCGAUCAUGAUGGACGAUUCUUAG